UUUGUAUCUCAUCCGCUGGUGUACAGACUGCUGAACCAAAGGUGGAACUAUGGUUUGCCGUUUCACUGUCGUCCAGGGAAAAAAUUCAGGGUUCUUGUCUAUGUAUUUACCAUACUCGACACCAUUUUCACUCCAGUGUUUCUGCCACUAAUCACUUAUGCGUUCUACAAGGAUCAGGAAGCUCGACGUAGGGAAACUGUCGUACAGGGAAAAGGAAAGAAGAAAACGCUUAGAGGUUUGUACAAGGAUCAGGAGGCUUGUAUGACUCGUGAUGAGGAAAUAUUCCCUUUAUUACCUGAUUUAAACUUCAUUCAUGAACGUAGUGUAACUGCAUAAAAAAUGUGGAAAAGGAAAUCUUUUUGGCCAAGGCAUAAUGUCGAUCCUCAUAACAUUUUCAUCGUUUCAACUAAUCAAAAAGUUUGUCUUACAGAUAUGUACCUGGACUACACAAAAACCCCAUUCAUCAUCUUUUUAAAGGACAAACUACAGCAAGUUGUUUUCAUGGCUUUGCACUUCAGAAUAUGUAUAUUGAGCUCUUCUGUGUCGCCACGAAUCGAGGAAUAUCUAGUUCUUGUAUUUUACAUCGGACUAUUAAUCUCUGAGGUUCAGCAGUAUCGUACUUCCAAGUCCAGAGUUUAUUUGCGGUAAGAUGUACAUAUUAUAAGAUUUGUAUCCAAAUUACUUUCUCGGGUAACUCUUCCGUAAAGUAGCAAAUAGUUAUAAUUCUUCACACUUUCCCAAGAGAAGUUAGCUCUUGGAACCGGACUUAUAUUACUGCCAGUGUUAAUCUAAUUCUGACUGUAAUUGUCUACCCAGGGGAGCCUACAUGUCCGGUUUGUAAAGGACAGUGGAGGUGCAAAUAUUCAGCAAUUGCAACAACUUUCUUCAGCAAUUAACAUAACUCAAAUAGCACUAAUGUUUCAUUUUGAUACAUGAUUCAAUUAAUAUAGAUAUAUAACAGUUUCAUGGCCUAUUAAGACCAGUCCUGUAUUAGCAUCAUUAUUUGAAUUACACAAAUAUGUGCAACGUAAUGAUUUGGAUUCUAUACUGAUUUGUUUACGAAGGUAGUUCUUUGACAUUUUGUAAUGUUCCAUGAUUUGUUGGUUGUUCAAAUUUCUACUUUGUUUAUGAUAAAAUGGUAGAUAUUCGUGUUCUUUGUAGAUCUUUGCAACCUAAUUCUUAAGUCUCUUGACUUUCCUUUUCAGAAAUAUGUGGAACUAUGUGGAUCUCAUUACCCUUUCGUGUCACACCCUCAUAUUUGUCCUCAGAGUUGCAACCGUCAUUAAAGGUGGAGCUGAGUACCAUAACAGACUACUCGAGGUGGUUAACUUUUUUUACGGUGUCAACACUCUGUUCCUAGUCUUGAGGUUUUCAAGCAUAAUGGAACUAAACAAAACUGCUGGACCACUUCAGCUGGCGUUGUUCAAAAUGAUCGUCGACCUGAUUACCAUAUUGGUACAGUUUGCUUUUGUAAUUAUGGCUUUUUCUGCGGCCAUCACAAUGAUCUACACUGCCGAGAUGUCUUAUUUGACACCAACGCGAGAACUGGAAAGCAACAGAAGCAACGGGACCCAAGUAAAAAAGUAAGGCCAGCGCAUGUUUAUUUUAUUUUAUUCCUUUAUCCCUCGCGGCUUUCGUCUGAUUCAUUUUUUAAUGGAAAAAAUUAACAGAUGUAUAAUUUACUUUUUAAAAAUUUAAUUUUAGUUUCCUAACUAAGUUUCUAAAUCUUAUGCUUUUAGCUUUUGUGCGAGUGGGUCAUUAUCUUGGUAAGUUCUUUACCUGCUUGAUACAGUGUCAUAAUACACAAUACUUAUUUUUAAUUUUAGGCCUCCGCAAUUCACUAACCUGCAGAUCAGGCGUUACUUUUUGUUUAAAGCUAGCCUGUUCCAGGCUCUCAGAUAGUAGGGAUAAUGUGUAAGUGAAAGACACGCGAAAGUAUGAGCACUUGAUCCCGUUUUAUUUUCGUGUUCUCGCUAUCUCCGACCCUGGAACUGGCUAGAUUUAAGCCUACCAUACACUCGCCUUUGGUCCGCCUAAAAAAAUAAAAAAUAUUCCUUAUCACAAUUGAUGUUCCUUUUUAAUGCUACUAUACAUAAAAACUAACUUAGCAUUGUCCGCAAUACGUCUAUUAGUGUAUGAUGUUCAGGUCCUCAGGACGCUGAAGAGUCGGGUAUAGAGAAGACAAGUGGGACGUCAAGUUACCAUGGAAGCAAAAUUUCUGAUUUCUGAAUUUCAUCCGAUCGCUUCGAGUCGUUUUCUCCUCUCAGCAACGUCUGGCGGGGUUAAUGCGGUCCAGUGACGUCAUCACUACCCGAAAACCGGGUAGUGAUUUUGAUUGUUUGAUUGUCUAAACAUUCGCAUAAUUAUGCAUAAUUAUGAGAAAUUUUAGCAGGAUUGUCGCUUGAUAUUCAGCGGAUCACAUCCUUGGUACGUAUGUUUGCGUGGAGUUCAAACAUUUCGAUAAUCUUUAUCGUAAACAGCAAAAUUGCCCUCGUCUUCGAAACUGAAAUGCUAAAUUGAACUGUGAAUGAAGAAUCAUUGGGGAGAAUCGGUAGGUUUUUCAUUUAGAGCCACUUUGUGGUUUCGGCAGUGAUUUUGUUUAUCCGAAAUUGUAGGACAACACUCAUCAGGCAACUUCUAUUAAAUGAAUUUAGCGCUCUACGAAAUACGUUCUACCCAGAAUACAAGUAUAUAUAUAAAGUUCUCUUUGAGAGUUCUCUCAAACUUGGAACCUAAUUUUUUACUUUUUUCUAUUGCAUAGCUUAUUCAAAACAGCUGCCCAUCUUGUAUGGUCCGUCUUUGGCUUGACAAAUCUGGAGAUAAUGGAAUCUCAUGACACCUGGUCAAGUACAAUCGUUGAUGUCCUCUAUGUAAUGUUUCUGAUUUUAUCUGUCAUUAUGCUGAUCAACAUGCUAGUCGCUUUGCUCACCAACACGUAUAAUAAAGUGGAGGUAAAUGAUUUUGCUGUGCCUUUUUGACCAUGUAGUCAGAAGGUAACCUCCAUUAUUUUGUAAUAUUCCUGCCUCGGUUUCCCCAGGAGUUUUCUCUGCACUGACCUGAGUCUAUCUUUUUGUCGAGGGUGGAGGGUUCCAUGUCGAGGGUAAUUUUUUUUUUUCAAAUUUUUUAUGAAGAAAAUUGUUCUUUAAUUAAAAUAGUACGUGGACAUUCGAAUUCGCUUAAAAGCAAAUAACCUUCUCUCAGUUCCUGUGAAGGUAGACAGGUUGUGCCUAAAAAAAAUAUCAUAGAGCUUAGGCAGGGGUACCCAACGACUGUUUUCUGUAAAAUAUCUGUUCGGAGACGCAAAAAUUCCCUACAAUUUUCUAUUACUUGAGGAAGGCUAAAAAUUUCUAGAUGGCCGUUCCAUUCAUGUACAGCUUUCGUAGCUUAUCUAAUAAAUUCCCUGCGAUUUUCUAAAGUUUAGUUUUUCGCAUUUCAGUCCCCAAGUUAGCCUAUUUUUCGUAGAAAAAAGGAAAUUCUAAAAUUUUCGGAUUCGAAAAUGCGAUGGAGAGCUCGAGAGGAAUCAGAAAAAUUCUCACUUUCGUAAAACCUAAAAUUGCAUCUAAAAUUUUCGGGAAGAUAAUACUGAGGCCCUAAGCAAUUUCGAAAAGAUUCAAGUUGCCCUAGGACAACCGAACAGAUACAACUUUUAUAGCGCCGCUUAGAAUGCAUUUGUAGAGAUUUAAAAGUACUCUGGAUAGCGAAAAAGUGUUUUCAAUGCAUUUAGGAGGAAACCGUCGUUGGGUGCCCCUACGUCUUCUCUGCCUUGCUUGGCUGUUCAGUGGGGUAGUUUGAAUUUGGAUAUUUCACCGAUUCUUGUUUUUUUAAGCUAUCCCACUGUAUGCGACGGAAUUGUCGUGCUUUCAAUGAAGUAGAAACUCGCCAUGAAAUUUUAAAAUACAAGUCAUCGACAAUCACCGACACCGGAAAUCGGUGGUAGGUACGUAGGCGCGUAGCUAGAGUGAUAAUUUUUGCGUUCGAGGUACGAGAACGCAACCCUAAUUUGUGUUGGGUGUUCUGUGCAUUAUUGGGUGACCUGUGCAAUUAAUAAGGGAGGUUUUUUUGAGAUUUCAUUUUCGUUCGUCGUCGUCGUCGACACACAUUUGCCUCACUUUGAGGCGCUUGCUUAAGUUUUGCCUCACUUUGACGCGCUAACUCAUGUGGUGAUUCUUGUGUCCACGGCGUUCAUCUUUCAAAGGUUUGCUAAGGUCUGAUAUUCUUCGUAAAGCGUUCAUCUUUUAAAAAGUUUGCUGAAUCUUCGUAAAGCGUACAUCGAUCUGUGAUUGCUGAAUCGUCCAAAACUUUCAUCUUUCAGGAGUUUGCUGUUAAAUUUUACUUUUGAUUAAGCCUUCAUAUUUUUCAGCAUUCGUCACUGUCUUUGGAAAAUGUCUGCGACUACUGGUGCAUGCAUCAAACCGGGUUUAGUUUGGCGGCCGUUAUGCCACAAAGUAAAUUUACCGAGUUGUGUAGUUCGGCGGCCGUUUUGUCACAAAGUAAAUUUACGAGUUGUGUAGCUCGGCAGCCGUUGUGCCACAAAGUAAACCUACCGAGAUGUGAAGCUCGGCGGCGCCAUUUGACCAUGACUUGUGAUAUUUUUGGCACCGGACAAACGAACACUUUAACUCUAUGUUAUUUAUUAGGAAAAACUUAUAAAUCAGCCCACAGUAGCGCCACUCUUUUCUCGAGUCACUGAAAUCAACACGCUCGACCAAAUUACUGGAAAAGUUAUUGACGUGAGCCGCACACACGUUCCAUUGAAGGCUUUGAUAGGGUUAGUGCGAAGUUCGAAUUCAGAUGUGAAAGCUUUUAAACCAGUAAAUUCAAUGUAAUUCAUUUUGUCAACAAGUUGACGAUUGGAUCCUGUUAAAAAUAACAGAGAAAAUUAUUCGAAGAAAUGUUUUUGAAGGAAGAGAAAGAAUCCCGGGUUAAGGACUAAUCGGCCUUUGAGAAAAUGCGCCCUGUAACUCGCGUCAGUAAAACAAAAUGUUCCAUUUACACGUCCGACGCUGGCCAGUGUCUCCUCCGAUUAAAAGCACUUGACACCGAACCAUACGAUAUCUUUUGAAAACGUUCUUAAAAUGAUACACAGUUUAAAUAGGGGUUUCGCUGUACGCAACCCUUAAGUUCAAAAUAUGUCAUAAUCAUAUUUAUCUACAUCGCAACCACCCUUCCGCCCCAGCAAACAUAUCGAACGCACUCUCCUAAGCUCCGAUUACUCCUAGUAAAUACCGGUAGAUGGUUGAUGCUAUCGCCCGAGUCGCGCCGCAAUAAUAAACUCCUUCAAUUACCAACGUUAAUGUUCUGCAGCUUAAAAAGUAUAUCACUGCAAAAAUUUGAAACACCCUGAAACAAAAAAGGAACGCAAAACCAACACUUAUCGGCGCAGUUGUUGGCGGCAGUGGGAUAAUAGGAAGUCAUGUGGCGAAACUAAGUUUGUACACAUCUUUAUCCCUAGUGUGCAUUUCAAACAGAAAUCAGAGGUGUCUGUGCAAAAAACUUUCGUCACAACGGCUUCAGCGAUUAUUUCCUAUUUUGCACGAAAAGGGGAGCUUUUAUUCGCGAACAGCGAUCAGAUCGAAGCAGACGAUUAUGCUAACUUUCAAUAAAAUAAUAAUAAUAAUAUGUUUCGUUUUUCAUCGCCUCCAUCUCAUGAUGAGGAUGGGUCGGUCCGCCGCCUAGCCAAAAACUGGGAAAAGUUGGAAGGGUUAGGUUAGGGCCUAGCCUUUAUUGCUAAUUUAGCCGCAUAUCCUUAUUUGUUAUUUUGUAAUUCCUGCUUCCACAGGUGGCCAAGCUCAUUUUGACAGUAAUAUAUCAGUUAAAUCAGUUUUUUAAACUUUUUCACGACAUUUUUUACUAUAUGGUGGCUCGUCAACAGAGCAGAAGACGUUCUUAGGCAGUCACUCAUAUUGAGAAACCUGUUAUCAAGUAACGUGUUCAGUUCCCCCCCCCCCACCCCCCCUCCCCAGCCAACAAGUAGAACUAAUAUGGAUGGAGAUGUCCACGCGCUAUUUGUUUAUUAAAUUCUUCUUAUUUGUUUUCCAUUUGUUUUCCAUUUUACAAAAAAAAAAAUUUUUUUUAAAUGUUACCCUCGACCCUCGACAUGGUACCCUCGACCCUCGACAAAAAGAUAGACUACUGGGGUUCGCUUAUUUAAUAAUAGGAUUAGGAGAAAACAGAACACAACAAUUGUCGAUUCUUCGAUGGCCGGGAGAUUCGAGUGAGACUAUUGUAUUAAACAUUUAUUUUCCUAGCAUCGAUCGAAAAAAACGUUUAACGCACUUUAUUUUAUAUAAUUAUAUAUUUUCCUCGACCCUGAAUCGAGACAGUUGUGGUAGAUACACCUUUCCCUUCGCUGGCUUAGGGAAUGGGGACCAGUCCCUGUCUUUUAAGGAACAUGUUACUAGCGGAUGAAUAACAAGAUAUCUAGUCAACUUGGUUUGUUAAGUAGGGUACGUAAUAACUUAACAGGCUUUUAAUAACUUGCCACCCCGGCCAUCUGAAGGAAGCUGACUCCAUAGUGAUUUUUAAAGCACUUCUUAAUGAUAUUAUAUUUAGAGUUCUUGUAAAUAUUUGUUUAUUUUUAUUUUUUAGAGUCUUAAUUUGUAUAGGUAGUAGCAUGAUUUGUAGUGAUAUUUGGCAUAAAUACCCAGAGUGAUAUUUCGAAAUUGUUAUACGUAAUAAGAAAUUUGAGAUAAUUUUGAAAUAUCACGAGUGGUUUUUAUGCCAAAUAUCACGUAGAACUCAUGCUAUUAUUUGUUUAUACUACUACCCGCAAAAGGUUUGUAAUUUUCACAUGUAGGUAUUUCAAAUUAAGCUGAAAUACCACUGCUCUAAGCCAAUCAGAUUGCAGGAAUUUCUCAUGUAGUAGUAUAAACGUAGUUAUAUAAUUCUUAGUUUUUAUCCAUCGACAUUGUACAUAGUUUUUACAUUUUUCUGAUAGUCGAUCUGCUAUAGUUUUUUUCUCCUUUAAUUGUUAACUUUUUAGCUGCCUAGGGCACCCAUUUACGAUAGCUUAAGCUGAUCGGUUUUAUUAUUAUUGUUAUAAUUAGCGAAUGUUUUUCUGAUAACGACGGUAUUGAAGAAGCCUACUCCAGGGAACCCUUCUUGUUUGCUGUGUGACUGUGUGUGUUUUUUUUUUUAGACUAACGCAGAUGUGGAAUGGAAAUUUUCUCGCGCAGUAGUGGCUGAUGAAUAUAGGAGGUAUCAUCCCAUUGUUGUUCCUUUCAACAUCAUCACAUACCCUGUCGCUCACUGUUACAUCAAGAUUCCCGGAGAUACCCGAGCAGAGGUUUGCAGAAGCUGAAAACACAGUAUAUAUUGAAACGGUCGUAGCUGAUGAAUAUGUAGUUGCAUAUGUUUUACUAAAGGCGAAAUUUGAAUUCAGCUUAAAAUUUUUAAACCUAGGUUGAUUCUCAAUUUCCUUUGUCUCCUAUCCCUAAUUCAUAAUCAGGGCUAGGAGACGAAGAAAAUUGAGAAUCAGAUGAAUAUAACUUGAAUAUAAUUGACCUUUAACAUACUGUGUAUGCGAUGUACGUCAUCCUGUAGUGUCGUUCCCUUUUUCAUGAUCACUUUUUCAAACUUUCUCUUUUGAUCGCAAGCCUUAGGAAAUAACGGUGCAGUGGUUUGAGGAAAAUGUCUCUGAUUUCGGCCCUUCGAUCGACCGGCUGAAUAUCUUAUAAAGAGACAGAAACAAUUUUCGUAAAUUACUAAUAGCGGAGCUCCACGCGCGGCGCGAAGCGCAGCGCUUGGGAGGAGCGCCAUAGCUAAGGAAAUGUGGUAAUCUACCCAUCCGAGAAAAUUUGGUAGUCACGUGACCGUACACCGAGCGAGCGACCGUCCGUCUGCACCACAAGCAUACCAAUGCAAAAUAACUCAAUCAACAGGUACAGCAACCCAAAUGCAACUCAAGGUUUUAUUUGGAACGAAAUCACAUGGCCGCCCAGACUUUUAAAAAGAACAAGAAUCGCCGAAAGGCGAUUUUUAACUGGGCUGCAAAGGGGCUACUUUUUCUGAAGGGAGGGGGCGGCUAUACACACUCAGGCUACCAUAAAACCUUGUCGGCAACCAUUGCAUGCGACAGAAUCUGAUGUGAGACUGAAACAUAAACUCAUUCAGAACACUGUACCCUUUUGAAAGACUUUCGUAACCAAAAAAAGAGUACCAUUUCUAAGUGGGGGCUGUAUAAUAACUUUUAAAUUCCACCAUUAUGAAUGAAAAUAAACAAGUUAGCCAUUAAUUCUAAGCAGGAAACAAUUUGCAUUAUUUCCACCCACCCCUUCCCCAAUCCCUCUGUGCCCCAAAAUAUAGCGUGACAGCAUAAGACUAAUUUAACGUAACCGGAAAUUCCAAAAAUUGUUGUCGUUCUACGAGCAUAAAAUGCGACAGACUGAGCUGAUUCACACUAGACAGAAAUAUUGUAUUGUAUGAAAACCAGAAGUAUACUAAAACAGACAGUUAACUGCCCAUUGAUCCCGCCUGAUCCAGGGGCCUCACUGACUGCACGGAGACUUUACUGCGCUUUUCACAAACAUGCGAACUCUAAAGUUCAAAAGCCACCUUCACAAUUGUGUUUAUCGCUGCCGUCAAUCAUAAUUACGAUCACAAGCAACGAACUUUGAAACAGAGAAACACACAAAACGGAUCGAAAUCCACAAAUCACAAACCAUGACAUUUUGAACCCGUGAAGUAAAGUUUUGUUUCCUAAGAGGUCCGUUAAGAUGAUUGACUGCAGCGAAAAACGCAAUCGUCGGUUGGCUUCUGAACUUCAGAAUUCGCAUGUUUGUGAAAAGUGCGAUCCUAAUUUGCGGUCCACAGUCUACAAGAAAACGCACUAUUUUUUCCACAAGAUGAAAAAUAUUCAGUUUUAAGAUUUUCUUCAUGGUAUUUUUCUCUAACUUAAAGGAAUAAAAUCCUUUGCAUUUUGAGACCUAAAAAAGUUUAGAUUUCUCGCUCGUAUGUUGCGUUCACCAGCACGCACUUCAAACAAUGUAAAUAGAUGAAACGAUCGAUAACAUAUUUUUUACCUGAUACCGAUGUGAGUUAAAAAUUCACUCCAAUUCUGUUUGUCUCACCCAAGACUAACAUUUCUUCAUGGAAGAUAACUAUGCCGCUUUAUAACUCGUCCGAAGUUUUUGUACCAGCUAAACAAUAUGGAAACACUAUUCACAGUGACUCCUUGGAUAUUAAAAAGACUGAACGUGACGCACUAUUAUGCCUUUGUUUACUUCUGAUCACAUCUUCAAGCGAAGUCUCUCUAUUCAAGCGAUUCAUCUCAAUGCACAAUAAUUGACCCUUAUAUUAGUUAAAACCCUAUGGUUCAUUUAUAUUAAUGCUCUUUUUGUCCCUCACAUUGACUGCGUUCAUUCGUAUUCAAAACACCUUUACGAAAAUAAAGGUCGUAUAAGUCAUCAGUCUACAUCGAUCGAUAAUUCUCUCUUUGAGUUCACGAAGCGGCCACGGCGUUCCAAACCUGACGCUCACAGUCCGUGAACGGCGUGUUGGUCUGAAUGCAACGCGAGCAUUUCUCUGAGUUUCCCAGCGCCAACAUUAUCUAACUGACUUAAAGUCGAACAAUAAAAAAAUUAUAGAGUGACUCCCAUGAUCGAAUCGCUUCGAACAACGCAAAUAGCCUUCUUCAGGUUCGCAACGCCUUGUGGGUUUUUCAGGGGGAGCGGAGACGGGGUACAAAAAGUAUCCGUGCAAGGGUUCGUGCAAGAGAAAAUCCUAUGAAACCAUUUGUGAGAACAUCGUUUCUCGGUACCAGACCCUCGUGUUUUCCCUCCCCCGGAUGACGGUUUUUCGACACAGACGACCGAAAACGGAAUUUAUGACUGGGCUUGCCGGGCAGCCCAGUAAAAACCAACGAUAAAGUCGUGUCUUUUUCGGCGUUAUUUUUAUGUUUACACUAACGUGCAUAACAGAGAAAGAGCUAGAGCGAGUUAAUGAAAACAAAGGAGACGAAUUUCGUAGGGAGAAAAACAUGGAAAUUCAAAGCAGCGGUGAGAAAAUGAGAAAUGCUAGCGGCCAGCAAGGUGAAAAUGAGCGGCGGAGAAAUAUAAAAAAAAACGCGAACAUGAACACAGGAAACAAAAUAUUGGGUAAACAUGCACAUACGACAAUUCCUCCAUAAAAAUAAUGUGUAACUAGGAAGUUUGACGUUUUAGUAGUAGAAAACAGCGUUGUAGUCGUGCAAAACAACGGCAAGGGAAAGACAAAAAAGCAUGCUGCACGUGCAAAUUUUCUUUUUGCUAAUAAGAAGAACUUAGAAAAGUGUGCUGCACGUGCAAUUUGUUUUUUUUACUAAUUAGAUCUAUUAGUCUUGAAGCCAUGUUCAUUGUCGUCUCCGUUUAACAUUACACGAUUUAAUUUUUUUGUUUAUAAGUAUUACUAACCAGAGCUUCGCUUUUAGCCCUGGCUAAUUCUAUAUAUUAUACUUAAGGUAAUGACUUACUAUUGGUCCACAUAUUCAAUUUCAAGCAUGUUGCACAACGAGUCAUUGCCUUUCACGAAAUAUAUGCGAAAAAAAGAAACGCGCGAUUUCGAUUCUCACGUGAUGUCGUUUGGCGUCUCCUAUUCAUUAAAAUUUACCAAAUGGGAAAAGGAAAAACGAAACGCAGUUUUGUUUGUUCGUUGCUUGGUCAAAGCGACAUAUCAAGCAGACCUCGGACCAUUGAAUCAGCUGGUUGAAUUUUAAAGGUUUUGAGUGGGAGAUGGUAGUUUUGAGCGUAACUGUUGGGCUUCUCUUUUUGCGAGAGGAUUGAAUGUCAUCAUGAAGAGGAGGAAUAAAUUAACGCCUAUUAAGACAUAAUAAAAUGCGGUCGAAGAAAAUUACUAGGAAGAGGAUAAUGCUUUUUUAUAUAAUUGACCUUUAACAUACUGUGUAUGCGAUGUACGUCAUCCUGUAGUGUCGUUCCCUUUUUCAUGAUCACUUUUUCAAACUUUCUCUUUUGAUCGCAAGCCUUAGGAAAUAACGGUGCAGUGGUUUGAGGAAAAUGUCUCUGAUUUCGGCCCUUCGAUCGACCGGCUGAAUAUCUUAUAAAGAGACAGAAACAAUUUUCGUAAAUUACUAAUAGCGGAGCUCCACGCGCGGCGCGAAGCGCAGCGCUUGGGAGGAGCGCCAUAGCUAAGGAAAUGUGGUAAUCUACCCAUCCGAGAAAAUUUGGUAGUCACGUGACCGUACACCGAGCGAGCGACCGUCCGUCUGCACCACAAGCAUACCAAUGCAAAAUAACUCAAUCAACAGGUACAGCAACCCAAAUGCAACUCAAGGUUUUAUUUGGAACGAAAUCACAUGGCCGCCCAGACUUUUAAAAAGAACAAGAAUCGCCGAAAGGCGAUUUUUAACUGGGCUGCAAAGGGGCUACUUUUUCUGAAGGGAGGGGGCGGCUAUACACACUCAGGCUACCAUAAAACCUUGUCGGCAACCAUUGCAUGCGACAGAAUCUGAUGUGAGACUGAAACAUAAACUCAUUCAGAACACUGUACCCUUUUGAAAGACUUUCGUAACCAAAAAAAGAGUACCAUUUCUAAGUGGGGGCUGUAUAAUAACUUUUAAAUUCCACCAUUAUGAAUGAAAAUAAACAAGUUAGCCAUUAAUUCUAAGCAGGAAACAAUUUGCAUUAUUUCCACCCACCCCUUCCCCAAUCCCUCUGUGCCCCAAAAUAUAGCGUGACAGCAUAAGACUAAUUUAACGUAACCGGAAAUUCCAAAAAUUGUUGUCGUUCUACGAGCAUAAAAUGCGACAGACUGAGCUGAUUCACACUAGACAGAAAUAUUGUAUUGUAUGAAAACCAGAAGUAUACUAAAACAGACAGUUAACUGCCCAUUGAUCCCGCCUGAUCCAGGGGCCUCACUGACUGCACGGAGACUUUACUGCGCUUUUCACAAACAUGCGAACUCUAAAGUUCAAAAGCCACCUUCACAAUUGUGUUUAUCGCUGCCGUCAAUCAUAAUUACGAUCACAAGCAACGAACUUUGAAACAGAGAAACACACAAAACGGAUCGAAAUCCACAAAUCACAAACCAUGACAUUUUGAACCCGUGAAGUAAAGUUUUGUUUCCUAAGAGGUCCGUUAAGAUGAUUGACUGCAGCGAAAAACGCAAUCGUCGGUUGGCUUCUGAACUUCAGAAUUCGCAUGUUUGUGAAAAGUGCGAUCCUAAUUUGCGGUCCACAGUCUACAAGAAAACGCACUAUUUUUUCCACAAGAUGAAAAAUAUUCAGUUUUAAGAUUUUCUUCAUGGUAUUUUUCUCUAACUUAAAGGAAUAAAAUCCUUUGCAUUUUGAGACCUAAAAAAGUUUAGAUUUCUCGCUCGUAUGUUGCGUUCACCAGCACGCACUUCAAACAAUGUAAAUAGAUGAAACGAUCGAUAACAUAUUUUUUACCUGAUACCGAUGUGAGUUAAAAAUUCACUCCAAUUCUGUUUGUCUCACCCAAGACUAACAUUUCUUCAUGGAAGAUAACUAUGCCGCUUUAUAACUCGUCCGAAGUUUUUGUACCAGCUAAACAAUAUGGAAACACUAUUCACAGUGACUCCUUGGAUAUUAAAAAGACUGAACGUGACGCACUAUUAUGCCUUUGUUUACUUCUGAUCACAUCUUCAAGCGAAGUCUCUCUAUUCAAGCGAUUCAUCUCAAUGCACAAUAAUUGACCCUUAUAUUAGUUAAAACCCUAUGGUUCAUUUAUAUUAAUGCUCUUUUUGUCCCUCACAUUGACUGCGUUCAUUCGUAUUCAAAACACCUUUACGAAAAUAAAGGUCGUAUAAGUCAUCAGUCUACAUCGAUCGAUAAUUCUCUCUUUGAGUUCACGAAGCGGCCACGGCGUUCCAAACCUGACGCUCACAGUCCGUGAACGGCGUGUUGGUCUGAAUGCAACGCGAGCAUUUCUCUGAGUUUCCCAGCGCCAACAUUAUCUAACUGACUUAAAGUCGAACAAUAAAAAAAUUAUAGAGUGACUCCCAUGAUCGAAUCGCUUCGAACAACGCAAAUAGCCUUCUUCAGGUUCGCAACGCCUUGUGGGUUUUUCAGGGGGAGCGGAGACGGGGUACAAAAAGUAUCCGUGCAAGGGUUCGUGCAAGAGAAAAUCCUAUGAAACCAUUUGUGAGAACAUCGUUUCUCGGUACCAGACCCUCGUGUUUUCCCUCCCCCGGAUGACGGUUUUUCGACACAGACGACCGAAAACGGAAUUUAUGACUGGGCUUGCCGGGCAGCCCAGUAAAAACCAACGAUAAAGUCGUGUCUUUUUCGGCGUUAUUUUUAUGUUUACACUAACGUGCAUAACAGAGAAAGAGCUAGAGCGAGUUAAUGAAAACAAAGGAGACGAAUUUCGUAGGGAGAAAAACAUGGAAAUUCAAAGCAGCGGUGAGAAAAUGAGAAAUGCUAGCGGCCAGCAAGGUGAAAAUGAGCGGCGGAGAAAUAUAAAAAAAAACGCGAACAUGAACACAGGAAACAAAAUAUUGGGUAAACAUGCACAUACGACAAUUCCUCCAUAAAAAUAAUGUGUAACUAGGAAGUUUGACGUUUUAGUAGUAGAAAACAGCGUUGUAGUCGUGCAAAACAACGGCAAGGGAAAGACAAAAAAGCAUGCUGCACGUGCAAAUUUUCUUUUUGCUAAUAAGAAGAACUUAGAAAAGUGUGCUGCACGUGCAAUUUGUUUUUUUUACUAAUUAGAUCUAUUAGUCUUGAAGCCAUGUUCAUUGUCGUCUCCGUUUAACAUUACACGAUUUAAUUUUUUUGUUUAUAAGUAUUACUAACCAGAGCUUCGCUUUUAGCCCUGGCUAAUUCUAUAUAUUAUACUUAAGGUAAUGACUUACUAUUGGUCCACAUAUUCAAUUUCAAGCAUGUUGCACAACGAGUCAUUGCCUUUCACGAAAUAUAUGCGAAAAAAAGAAACGCGCGAUUUCGAUUCUCACGUGAUGUCGUUUGGCGUCUCCUAUUCAUUAAAAUUUACCAAAUGGGAAAAGGAAAAACGAAACGCAGUUUUGUUUGUUCGUUGCUUGGUCAAAGCGACAUAUCAAGCAGACCUCGGACCAUUGAAUCAGCUGGUUGAAUUUUAAAGGUUUUGAGUGGGAGAUGGUAGUUUUGGGCGUAACUGUUGGGCUUCUCUUUUUGCGAGAGGAUUGAAUGUCAUCAUGAAGAGGAGGAAUAAAUUAACGCCUAUUAAGACAUAAUAAAAUGCGGUCGAAGAAAAUUACUAGGAAGAGGAUAAUGCUUUUUUGCUGUUUUAGUGGUUACGGUUGGUGUUAAUAGUUUGACCAAUUUUAGGUUUAGGAAAAGAGGGAAGAGAACAACAAUUUUUUGGUUGAUUUCAUCCUCGUCAACAUAUAAGUGUACUACUUACGACUUUUCACGCAUGUGUUCGGCAAAUCAAUUAAAAUAAACUAUGUCAUGCGGUGAAUAAUUUGGACAUUGCCCCCCUCUCUCGGUGUAUUACUUUACGGCUCCCCUUCCGUUGUAAUCUCCAUAGAUUAAUAUGCACAGGGCAUUAACUUAAAUCGUGUUAAAAUGGUCACACCUACCAUACCGACAAAACAUCAUCCAUUUCAUUUUAUUCAAGACUUUAAUGACGUUAACCUAUUCCGCCUUUUGUUAACUCAUUAAUUAACUCAAGAUCUUUUAGCGGUAUGUCUCAUUAGGGCCAUUUAUACAAGGAAAAAUAAGACGCAUCUUACAUAGGACGCGUCUUAAAUAAGACGCGAACUUUCCGUAUAAACGGCACAUUUCGUCUAAGAUAAGACGCGCCUUAGCUAAGAAGCUUCUUAUUUUAGAACAGCCCUUAACACCUGUUCUUAGAUAAGACGCGUCUUAGCUAAGACGAGAAAAACUUCGUAUAAAUGACCUUCGCGUCUUAAAUAAGACGCGAACACAUAGUACGCAUGCGUUAAUUGUUGGCGCGCGACGUUGGAUUGCCGUUGCCACGGGCAACAUUCACAUGAAAAUGAGUCAAGAACAGAAAUAAGACGCAAACCAUUUAUACGAGCUGUUUUCGUCUUAGAUAAGACAUGCUCGUAUAAAUGGUACAGUUCGCGUCUUAUGUUAGACGCGUCUUAUUGUUCCUCCUAUAAAUGGUCCUAUUGUUUAGUUUGGUAGCCGUUUCUAUCUUUCGUGUACGUCUUAGAAGUACAACUUAGGAAAAGUACCUCAAGGCUUGUCUAAUCUCAAAUUAUUUUUCGGCCUUCAGAGAGCUAAGGACCGCCGAAGACGUUAUAAAAGGUUUUAUAAAGAAGAACUUUUCCCUAAAAUCACGACACGUUACCUGAAAAAACAUGGAGCAUCUUUCCCAAUUUCAAGUAAGAACAAAUUACUCUAA